AUGUCUCGUUCAAUUCCCCAAAAGUUCGAUUCUAUAUUCCGCACAACAACAACAACAACAAAAACGCCUCGAGUUGAGGACGAGGAGCGCGUAAAAGUGGAGCGCUGCUCUGUAAACGAGAGGUGCGCGCGAGUAUUCACACGGAUAAGUAAAAAAAUGCCGAACCCGUUCGUGGUUUUAGCCACGGCUGGGUACGACCACACCAUUCGAUUUUGGGAAGCCACGCGAGGUGUGUGUUACCGGACGUUGCAACACCAAGACUCGCAAGUGAACAAACUGGAAAUAUCACCGGAUAAGCAGAUAUUAGCCGCGGCUGGGAACCCGACGAUUAAGAUAUUUGAAGUGAACGCGUCGAAUCCGUCGCCGAUAUUAACGCACGAAGGACACCAAGGGAACGUGACUGCGAUUGGGUUCGAAAGAGACGGGAGAUGGAUGUAUUCCGGGUCGGACGACGGGACGGUGAAGUUAUGGGACGCGAGGCAAGGAUCGAGACACACGAGGGAGUACGAGUCGAGAGCGGCAGUGACGACGGUCGCGUUGCACCCGAACGGCGCGGAGUUGUUAUCUGGAGACGCGAAUGGGAAUAUUCGCGUGUGGGAUUUGACGAUGAACGCGUGUUCGUGCGAGUUAGUUCCAGAGGUUGGAGUAGCGGUGAGAAGCGUCAGCGUGGCGUCGGAUGGGAGUUUAGUCGUCGCAGGAAACUCUACUGGGACGUGUUACGUGUGGCGGUUGCAAAAGGAUGCAAAGACGACGGCGCAUUUCGAACCGUUGCACAAGUUGAGAGCGCACCCGGACGAGUACGUGUUGAAGUGUUUGAUUUCGCCAGACGUGAGGAGUUUAGCGACGACGAGUAGCGAUAAGACGGUAAAAUUAUGGAAUUUAGACGGGUUAGGAUUAGAACGGACUUUGAAAGGGCACUCGAGGUGGGUGUGGGACUGCGUAUUCAGCGUCGACGCGGCGUAUUUAGUCACCGCCAGUAGCGACGGAAGCGCUCGACUUUGGGAUUGCAGCAGCGGCGAAGCUAUUCGCGUGUAUAACGGACACCACAAAGCCGUGGUGUGUUGCGCGCUGAACGACUCCGCCGUGGAUGCCGCCACCGGGUGA